CGAGCCCCCCACGGUCACCGGAUCGCGCGGCAGCUGCUGCCCGCAGGUGCUAUUUUCACUCCAGCUCGCGGUCAUGGGCCGUUGCCUGUCAGGCGCCUUUCCGCGCGCUCCCACCCGGGCACAGUCGACUCGAAGCCAACCAUGAAAGCCACGGGUAGAGACGCAGGCGCGCAACCGGACGGCUUCCCGUCCGACUCGGAUGACUCAGACAGCGGCGACGGCUCCGACGAGUCCACGGGCGUUGGCGGCGGAGGCACAGACGCCAGAGACCCCUCCCGGAGGAGGGCGGCGGUGGGCGGGGGGAUCGACGGCAGCAGGCACCUGCCGGGCGUCACCAAGCAACGGCAGGCGGCGAACGCCCGGGAGCGGGAGCGGACCCACAGCGUGAACACGGCGUUCACCGCGCUGCGCGAGCUCAUCCCCACGGAGCCCGCGGACCGGAAGCUGUCCAAGAUCGAGACGCUGCGGCUGGCAUCCGGCUACAUCGCGCACCUGGCCAACGUGCUGUUCCUCGGGGCGGGGGAGGAGGAGCGCGAGGAGCGGCGGCCCUGUCUACGGUACCAGGGCUCCGUCGGCGCGUGCGGCUCCUCGCUGAGACCCAUCUGCACGUUCUGCCUCAGCGACCAGAGGAAAGCGCUCAGAGACGGCGGGAAACAGUCGGCCCUUUGAAGCGACGAGGAGCCACGAGACGUCAAUGUUUACAUGGAGGCGCGGGAUCGCGCCUUCACCUGUAUGCGUGUGUGUGUGUGAUCGCAAGUCACGCGCCAAACCUGACUAUGACGAUGUAAAUAUGAAUAUAGAAUCACUGAAAUGCACUUUCUGUCCCAAGCGCGAGGGGUCCCGGUCCCGCCUUUGUUUCGGUGGUUACCGUCACCUGAGCCCACGAGGUUAAGUCCCCCCCCCCUUUUUGAAGGACGUCUAUUUCGGGAAGCGAGUCUCAGGCUCCAUUUUACAAUGGAAUAAUAUAAAGUAAAUAUUAAGAGAAACGCAAGAAGCGUCACCUGAGAUUCAUACACAAAAGUAGUUUUUUCUUUUUCUGGAAAUAUUUAAAAGUCCGGUUCUAGCUGGUCCACUGACCGGAUUGGGAAUUGCUGUGUUAGACAACAAAGACUACCGCAUAAAAUACGAUAAAAUGUAAUUCCGGAGAAAAUUGAACCCAGGGUCUUUUUCGGCAUGAAGACCCACAAAAUAAGUCCUCCAGACACCUUUUCGUUGAUUAUCGAGUAGGCCUAUAUAGCUUGCCCGCGAAUGCAACGGCCCAAAUGGCUUCCAUGUUACUGGCUAGGGGCAGUGUGAAAGUUUCCAAAUUCACUUGCCUUUUACCCAUAAAACAAAGCAUCAACAACUUAGUUAGCGUACCGGGAGUUCAUUAAAUAAGACUGUUUUCCAAGUCUGUGCCUUACCGUGAAGCCUUACCUUUCCAGGAAAUCCACACAAGACGAUUACUUAAGAUACUAAAUAUUUUAUUUAGUGUAAUAGUAUACUAAAUUGUCAAAUAAUGACGUACAUGCAUUUCGACGUAUUCCCUGCUGACAGUCUGAGGUGGCUGUGCAGAGCGCUAAACACUCGGGACAACAUUUGCGAUUCACUUGUUCACAUUUCCAGGAAAUCACUCCUGCCGCCCCCCCAUAUGCCUGGUCAAAUCUGCCCGCGCGCGCGCUUCAAUUAAGGUAACCAAUCACAACGGAGUUGGGUUGGCAGGAGGGGGGCGAGGGGGCGGAGAAGGAAGAAACCGAGAGUUGACAUAAAAUGCUGAAAUCGCCCAGAUGAGAGGAAGAAUUUCCCGAAAAUCUACAUAGUUUUUUGUGUAUGGUUAAACAUGACUAUCAAUCAUUAUAACAACGUUUAUAAGUCAUAAAAGUCGAAAAUAAAUAAAAGGUCCCCUUUGAGAUGAAUUAGUUGGCGCCUCUAUUAAAUUAUUAACGGUAGCCGGUAAUCGACUUGUGUGGACUUCCUGGAAACAUGGACCUAUCGGCAGUGUCGGGAACAUUACUUCAAAAAAGUAAUUAGUUAUAGUUACUCACUACUUGUUCCAAAAAGUAACUGAGUUAGUAACUGAAUUACUCUAUAUAAAAUAACUAGUUACCAGGGAAAGUAACUAUUUGCGUUACUGUAAAAAAGAAAGUUGCUAUAUCAAAGAAUUUGGAUUUUUCUGAGCAGUUUUCACUUGGCCUUAAUGUGUUAAAUGGUUGAACUGCCCAUUCAAGGCCCUGAUAUACUUCCAACUGAAUUUUAAUUUGCUUGGUUGCGAAGGCUGUGGAACAUCUGCCGAAUACUACCGAAAAUGCCAACUUUUCAUCAGAUUGCUACGGACUCGCCAUUUCUGCUGCUUCAUCAAAUCUGUUUGGUGUGUGCGUGUGUGUGUGUGUGGCGCGCGUGUCCUGGCUUGUGUGUAAAAACACUGGCUCUGAUUGACUACCAUGAAAAAUGACUGCCUUAGCCAAUCAUAAUCGCCUAUCUCAUUGUUAACCCAUCCGGUCUCCUCACUAGCAGUUUGUGAUUGGAGCCAGGGGUGCCUUCGGAAUACGCAGUUCAAUCAAUCAAUUCCUUAGUAACCUACCGCAUUUAACGUACAGUAACGGUAACGCGUUCUAACGACGGAAACAGUAAUUAGUUAGAUUACUGAAAAAUAACGCUGUUCUUUUAAACUGCGCCGUUAUUACAAACACUGCCGGUAAGGAACAGACUUGGAAAACAGUUUAUUUAAAUAAACGCAUGGUAUGCUAACUAAGUUGUUGGUGCCUCAUUUUAUGUGUAGGGCCCCUAGUCAUGCUACUGCAUAGGUUUGGUGGUAAUUUGAGCAUUAUUAGUGGUUAAAAAAAUGUCGAUUUGUAAACGUUCACACUGCCCCUGGCCAGUAACAUGGAAGCCAUUUGUGUUGUACAUUGCUCUGGGCAUUCGCAGGCAAGCACUAUACUCGAUUAUCAACGAAAAAAGGUGUCUGGAGGGCUUAUUUCAAGGGUCUUCAUGCCGAAAAAGACCCUGUGUUAAAUUUUUGCCGGAAUUACACUUUAGCUUUGUUCCGUAAGGCUAGUUUGUAGACCACCUGGUGGUCUACAAACUAGGAUCAGUUUCAAGUUUGCAUGCCUUUAUUUCCUUGAUGCAUAUCACCUACUAUCCUUUUGCUUUUAUUUAUGAGAAGCACAUACAGUAUUGGCACUGUAUGGUAUGGAAGGCAACCCUUGCCCUUAUCUAGAGCUGGUUUACAAGUGAGCAAAGUUGAUGCCAACAGACGGUUACGUCAAUCAAUAGUAAAGUAUGUGAUAUGAUGGUUUUCUUUUACGAGUAAAACGUUCAUGUUCCGCCAUGUUCAUGCACGUCACUAGUAAACCAUACGUCACCAACUGGACAACUCUUAUCAAAAUCUGGCCCCAGUUGCCGAACGGAAGUAGAAUCAUAACAGCGUCAUGUGGUGUCGUUCAGGAGAACUUUCCGACGUUAUGUUUUCCCUAUCAUUUUGCGCGAUGUGAACGCACCAUAAACUCUGAGCAUUACUUAAUAACUAAUAUUAUUCAUAUAUCAUAUUUUUAAAGAGUGGUUGUUAGGUUAACUGGAAGAAAUGAAUGAAAUAGGGAGUUGGUGUCAAUCCGUCAACGAAAUCCAGGAGGAAACAUUAAAGACAAAUAUUUUAGGACAUUGUUGCCCACUACCUCAGGACUGCAGUCAGAACCCUGAAAUCUUUCACUGUGUAAAGAUUAUUUGCUUACAUACAUUACGUUUGAAUCGUUUGCACAUCGCCCAAUGUUGAGAAGCUGCUCAAAAUUGUAUUUUUAUACAAAUAAAAAAUAUACAUUAAAAAAAAUUGCGUUUCACCUCAUUGUGUAGCCUACAUAAAGCAGGCGUUUAUAUAUAAAAGCUAAGCUUAUUGUUCUUGGUUCUUGGUUUGGUUGUGAGCUGGAGGGCUCAGGCCAAGAUGUCUCGCAUCUCCACCGCCAGUGUUGUAGCAACGUUACAGACACGUGCUACCGGCCCACUCCAACAUUGAGUUCCUGUUCUGUCCAGUGUACCCAGGUGUUGGUGGAGUGUCAGGGAAAGUGUGAAGGAACGCAUCAAGUGCUGACUUGAAAGUAGCCAGAGAUGUGUGCACUUUGAUGCUAGGAGGGACCACGUUGUACAGUGCUGAGGCUCUCGAGGUGAAUGAGUGGAACCUCAAGGUGUUAAUGCUGCUGUAUUUCGAGGAUCCUAGUGGUCGUAUGCAGGAAGUGCCGUGCCGUGAGGUCUCGCGGAAGUCGAGGUUCACAGCAUUCGGGAUGAUGUUGUUGAAGAUUUUCCAAACUAGGAUGAUGGUGUAUCUCUCACGCCGCCGUUGGAGGGAGUACAUGGAUAGGCGAUGGAGUCGAUCCCAGUAGUUUGACGAUCCAAGUCCCUGAAUCUUCGCAGUAAAGGAUCUUUGGACUGCUUCAAGUUUGGUAAUAUCGCACUGCAGGUGAGGAGACCACAGUGGACAGCAGUAUUCCAGGUGGGACCGCACAUAGGAUUUAUAGAGUAGCAUCAUGGUGGCUACAUUCCUGGAGGUGAAAGUGCGUAGCACCCAGCUAGCCAUGUUCUUUGCCUUGGAGGAUUUCAUAGCUAUGUGUGUUCUCCAGUUGAGGUUGACAUCAACAUAGACGCCCAGGUCUUUCACAUGGUCGGAACCAUGGAGGACUUGUCCAGAUGGUAAGGUGUAGGGCUGCUUCCAGUCAGACAGUUUGCCGUGCUGCAGAAGCUGGAACUCUUCCUCGUUAAGUACCAUGUUGUUGGCCUCUGCCCAGUUGACCACAGAGAGGAGAUCUUCUUCGAGGAGGAUGCGAUCAACAUGCGAGGAUAUGUCUUUGUGGAGCUUAGAAUCAUCUGCAAACACUUUGAUUUUGCUGUGUUUGACAACAGAGAAGAUGUCAUCGAUAUAGAUGAGGAAAAGAAGGGGGCCUAGGACGGUACCCUGAGGGACCCCACUGAUGACGUCUAUGAUUGAGGAGCUGACUCCAUCUACGAUGACGUGCUGCUUCCGGCCCGUCAAGAAACUAGUAAUCCAGUCUUGGAGCUUGCCUUUGAUGCCGAAAGAGCGCAGCUUCUUUAAAAGAAUUUUGUGGUCUACCUUAUCACAGGCUUUACUAAAGUCAAGGUAAAUCACAUCCGCAUUUCUGUCGAGGUUGAGGUCGCACAUGAUGUCCUCGAUGUGAUGAAGGAGCUGGGUGAGGCAGUUUUUUCCGGACUGAAACCCGUGUUGGUUAGGGUUGAACAUGUUGUUCUGUUCAAAGAAGCUAACCAUCUCUUUGCGAAUCAUUCGUUCGCAGAGUUUGAUGAGAUGUGAGGUCAGGGAGACCGGUCUGUAGUUGGCUGCCACGGCCUUACUGCCCUUCUUGAAGAUGGGGAUGAUACUUUGGGAGCGGAACAUUCGGCGAUGUGGUGAACGUUUACAUUUACAUUUUUUUACAUUUAGGUC